AUUCAUCUUCUGAAAGGAGGAAUGGUCGUCCCUCACGGCGGAUUAAGCAACCGCUCCGAGAUGACAUGGCCCCAAAGCCCGUGCAUCCGCGUGCCGUCAGAUUCCACGGGCUAUUUGGUGAGAAUCUCGUGCGUCAGCAUUGCAUAGUGGACGAUCGAUGGACUCCCGACUCGUUAUGCAGCCAGUUUUCUGGCAUGGCCGAUUUGCUGGCCCGCUUUGCGAUCUUCAAGCGACACGAGAUAAAAGCCAAUCGACUGCGGGCCAUCCAAGAGAGCAAGCGACUCAAGUCACAAUGCCGCGACGGUGGCGCCAAGCUGCGGAACAUUAUCUCCGUGGACAAUACGAUUGCCGUGCGGAACCUACUGAUCGCGUACAAGGACAUGCAGCGUCUCUACCAAAAGAUGCCCAUCCAUCUCGUCGCAGACAACAUCAAUCAGCGCACGUUUGUCCUGCGCAAGGAACGCGAUCGUCUCCAGUACCGACUAAAUCAGCUGAAGGUCGAUUACAGGCAAAAGCUGAUGCAUCGUGCGGUACUGGAAAAUCAUAUAAAAUAUCAGAAUGAGUUCGAGCUUGCGGAGGACGUCAAGUCACGUGAAUUCAUGAAAAGAGUGGAGAACUCGCAGGUGCGCUUGAAGGCGAUCAAGGCCAUCAACAUAGCAUAUAUGAAAAUGGUGCAAGUGCUGUCCAAUGAUGCCAUAUACUAUGAGCCCAUACUGCGUUCCCUCAGCGACGAUAUGGAAGAUCAGGCGACAUUUAUUAACCACAUAAUCUAUCUGGGCACGCCGGCUAUAGCCAGGUAUAAGGAACUCAAUCAGGAGUACCGCCAGCUGGACGAUAAGUCUCGCAGGAACGUACAGGAUCAUCAGAGCAAGCUGGGAUUGCUGAAGAAAACCUCUCGCGACACAAUGGAGCUAUUUAAACGCAAAAAGACUGGCAGGAAGCUCGACGAAGUGGUAAUCCGGAAUCAUUACGUGCGGGAGACGCACGGCAUGUUAUUGCUCAAGAACGUAAACAAGGUAAUCGAGAAGGUUAUCAGGGAUCUCAAAUUUGGUACACUGUGCUCCCAAGCCAGGGAAAUAUAUCCUCGGAUGAGGAGCGGCAUUGAGUGGAACCACAAGAUGUUAGAGGUCGCCGAGUUACAAGGAAUAGGUCGAUAUAACCUUGAGGACAGAAAGACAUACGCCAUGGUGUUAAAAUCUCUACUAGCCAAUAAUCUAGGCAGCGAGGAAGUCGAGCGGCUCGAAAAAAUUAAGGAGUUGAAAACGGAGUUGGCAACGGAAGAAAGCCAAGAGCAAGACACCUUGAGAUAUAUGCAAGCUCGUGGCGAUGUGUUCAAUAUGUUUCGGUGGACCCUUUGGCAUCUUUAUGAAGUAUUAACCAAUGUAGAUCGUAAUCCCAGAAUACUAAAACAGAAGUAUCCGAAUUCGUAUCUGAAUUUGCCUCUCCUUAAAUUCGAGCUGCUUAAUAUGUAUGCCCAGCCACCUGAUCUAUUCCCCGUAGACAUCGAAGAAAUUAUGAGUGUGCUCAAGCGCAAGAUCUUUAAGCUGACAAAGGCCUAUACAUGGGAAAUGGAACCGCAAAUACCUAGCAGUGUAGACAAGUAUCAUGCAGAUUAUAUGGAGACCUGUGAUAAAGUUAAGGACUCGUCGGAAGAUCAGGAGCAAUCGGCUGUUCCUAACGAGGUAUUAUUAAAGGAGAAGACCCUGUACAACAUACCGAGUCGCAAACAGAUCAAGGUGCUGAGUACCAAAGUUAUUGAUCAAGCAAUCAAAAUAUACAAUACAUAGACUACAUAUACUAUUUAUUGAUCAAUAAACAAAAAACAG